AUGGGAAAUGAAUCAAAUAACUUGGAAGGCAGCAGAUGCAAAAGAUGCAAAAAAGAAGCCAAGACAGGCUUACAGUGUGUAGUUUGCAAUAAUAUAUCUCACAAGAGCUGUUUAACCAGUCUCAAAAACAUCGUAUAUCUGGACGAACAAACUAUAAAUUGUUGCUCAGACACUAACGAGAGUACUGUAUCUGACUGUGAAAAAAUCGAAAAUACUGAAAAAAUCGAAAAUACUGAAAGCAAUGAUAGUGUUAGAGAUAAAUUAAUAAUAAGUUAUUUAGAAAGAAUAAUAAGAGAUAAAGAAACGAUAAUAGAUAAUCAGAAGAUAGUUAUAAAUUCGCUAACAGACCAAAUUGACCUUUUAAAAAAUGCUAUGAAUAUUACUUCCACUGCAGCUUCUGUAGCUCCUACAAAACCAAUUUAUAAUGGGGAAUCAACACCUUCCACUGCAAAUAAAUCAGAAAAGCCAGAGUAUUCUGGUGUAGUUUCGAAGCAAACUGUCAUAUCUAAUAAAAAUGUAGCUCAUGCGGUUCAUAAUGCUAAUGCACAGUUAAUUUGUGAUUCGAUCAUUAACCUUAACCAAACUGAUAAAGUUGCCAAAUCUGAGCAGGCCUUUCAACACCGUCCUAGACAAGCACUUAGAAACCGCAACAGCCUUUUAGUAGGAUCGCAACAAAAUAUACAGGAAUGCCGCCUAAGAGCUGCAGCAACAGGAAUCAUCAACAAACAGCAUUAUUACCACGCUACUAACUUUGCAUUAGAUGCAACAGAAGAAGAGCUGCAAACACACCUUGCCAAGUAUGCUCCGAGUGUCCAAGUAGAGAAGCUCAACUGUCAGAAUCCGCAAAAGUCAUCAUUCAAGAUAACUGUGGCAAAAGCUGAAUGCCACUCCAUUAUGCGCAAUGAUAUCUGGCCCUAUGGUGUAAUUUUGUAUAGGUUUUUUCCAAAGAAAGAAAUCAGUGAUCAACGAGAUUAG